AUGACAUCCCAAUCAAUCGUCCUCAUCUCUGGUGCAAAUCGGGGUCUCGGCUACGAAACAGCUAAAAACCUGCUUCUGUCCGGCCGCUACCACAUUAUCAUCGGUAGCAGAGACCGCUCGAAGGGCGAUGCAGCCGCCGCUUCUCUCCGCUCCCUGUCCGGCAUCCAUGGCACCGUGUCAACGGUCCAGCUAGACGUGACGGACGAUCAGUCCGUCGAUGAUGCAAAGGCACGUAUCGAAUCGGACUUCGGUCAUCUGGACGUGCUCGUGAAUAAUGCAGGCAUUUACCUCCUCAACCGGGAAGCUGUCCGCGAUACUCUGCAGCUGACUCUUGAGACCAAUGUCACGGGUGCAGCGAGUUUGACGGAAGCGCUGCUCCCUCUGCUUUUAAAGUCUGCGAACCCCCGGUUGGUCUUUGUGAGCUCUUCCAAUGGGUCAAUGACAUAUAAUCUCGAUCCGAACUCACCACAUGGCGGCACUCAUGCCACGGAGUAUCGCGUAGCCAAAGCUGCACUCAAUAUGCUCUUGGUGCAGUACCAUAUGAAGCUGAAGAGCGUUAGAGUCCUAGGUGCGGAUCCGGGAUUCUGCGCAACUGAUGUCAUUGGAGAUGCGGACGCCUUGCGCAGAAUGGGCGCGGCAGAGCCGGAGGUUGGGGCGCAAUUGAUCGCCUUAGUCGUGAAGGGAGACAAGGACGAUCAGCCAGGCAGAGUUCAUGGCCCUCAGGGCGUAAUACCGUGGUAG